AUGGCGUCGUCCUCCAAGCCAAUGAUAGGUGAAGGAGGAGAUGGCCAUCUUGCUGAAAAGAAGGAAAAGGAGAAGAGACGCAUACUUCCAGCCGACAUGCAGAGAGAAAUCCUGUCGAGAACCCUCGCAAGGUCUCUCCUGAGAUUCCGACCGGCGUGCAAGAUCUGGUACGAACUCACGUACGAUCCUGCCUUCAUAGAUUUGCACGUCGAGCGUGCCCAUCUUCGAAAAAUUUCUGGUGGUACCCCGCAUCUCCUCGCCAUAUCUCAACGGAUAGGAGGUGGUCAUUUUGGUUUCUCCAUCAUCAUACUAGACGAAACGAUGACACCUAUAACUAAGAUAUCAUGUCCGGGAUUAAUAGAUGAAAGAUGUUUGAGACUGUACUUUGGAAGGAACAGAUUUGCACGAUCUACUCCACCAUACCGCAUGACACGUCCUUGCAAUGGCUUGGUCUGUGUCUACAAUUAUUUUGGCGAUGCACUCUUAGUCAAUUCAAUGACUGGUGAAGGGCUUCCUCUUCGACAGCAUAGCGAGCCUGUGGAAAGCUAUUAUUGCUUCCAGAAGUGCUAUCUUGGAUUUCAUCCGGUGACCAAGGAAUACAAGCUAGUCCGAUUUCUAGAUUCAGGGAGGGACUCUAUGGCGGAGGUUUUUUAUGAGGUUCUCACACUCGGCACCGGCAUCUGGAGGCGGAGGCGGAUUUACCAUGGUGACAAAAACUUGUCUGCUUGUAGUGAGGACUUCCUUUCUGGUUAUGAGUGGCAUCAAACAAAAAAGAUACUUGGUGAUGGUAUCAGUGCAAAUGGAGUCGUGUAUAUUCUGAAUCAGAUUCACCGAAAAAUUGGAUUGUUCGAUCUGAAAGAAGAGAAGUUUUCAACCGUGAUCCCCUACCAUGAUUCAAUCAGCGUGGAUUAA